AACUUUAUGGGCUGCGCAAAAAAUUCUAGAUAAAGGAAGGGCGCCAAGCUGGCUAGGUAGCCUGCAGCAGGCUGGCCGCCUGCAGCUGCUUCAUAGGAGCAUCAAUGUGCCCUGGGAACCCCAUAUCAUCAGCUUUUUCUGACGAACUCAGCUUAGGGGUAGCCACAUUCCAUGUAGGUAGAGCUGAGCUCUAACAAUGUCACCUGCAUCGCUGCAAAAGGAAAUGCUGUCUUACGCCAUCUGACACUGAUAUCAAAAGCUGACCUUUGUCAAGGUGGGGUGAGCUGGACCCUCCAAGAGGUUUUUCCAGCAUUUGAGCACUUCUACCAGGAGGAUAUUAAACUUGGAGGUUGAGUUUCCGGCUGCUGGUCGCCCCUAGAUCGAGAUUGGAAGCCUUCUCAAGUCACCCAAGUGUCAUCAUUGAGUGUAGUCGUGUCUUUCGAUUCUGGAGGAAAGUGCACGGCGAGUGACUCCAAGAGCGAACUUACGGUUCCUCUCACCUACAUUGCAAACAGCAGGUCACGGUCUAUGGUGGUGCAUUAUCCGAGCGCAGAAUCUCUCUAUCAGGUAUAGAUCUAAUUUAAGUCUGGUCCUGUCUUGUUGAGUCACACCAUCGAUGGCUAGCAAAUCAACGAUGGAGGUGCGAGCUUCACGGAAGGCUUUGCUCAUCUCGAUUGCAGUCUGCAACACCUGGAUGUGCGUCCAGGGGUACUCCUCUGAUGUGGACGCUCUCUUAGAGGUGAAGGAUGCGAUGGGAGGACCGUCGAGAGCUUUUGUUUCUUGGGAUCCUGACACGGAUCCUUGCAAUACAACGUGGUUGGGAGUGAGGUGCACAAGAGACCGAGUCACCAGCCUGGUUCUUGAUAACCAGACCCUGGACGGCACGGUGUCGCCGUCCAUUGCAGCACUCACAGAGCUCACCACUCUAGUUCUCAACUACAAUCGGCUUGGCGGCGUGGUUCCCGACAUGUUUGGAAACAUGACCAACCUGCGAUUUCUGGACCUUUCUCAGAACCGAUUUGGGGGCCGCAUUCCGCCUAGCCUCGGAAACGCCUCCAAUCUUAUAGCGAUCGUGUUGAGCUCCAACAACUUCAACCAGAGCAUCCCGACGUCGUUUGCCAGCCUGACGAAGCUGCAGUCGCUGAAUGUGUCCAGUAACGAUCUGCACGGAGCGUUUUUCGCACCGCUAGUCACACUGCCAGCUGUUCGAAUACUGGACUUAUCCACAAACUCCAUCAACGGAACCCUCCCAAACGUCAACGUCUCUUCGAGCCUAACUCUCCUGAACGUGGAAAAUAACCGACUAAGCGGGACGAUCCCACGGGCUUAUGUGUCCGACGGUCUCACCCUCCGUUUCUCUGGCAACUCCAACCUGCGCCUCCCAGCCAGCCUCGCCCCAGCUCCUGCCCCCGUUCCAAAACCCCCGCCGCCGCCGCCACCAGAGGUUGCCACGUCACCAGCGCCCGAAAGUUCCACGUCACCAGCGCCCGCUCCUCAGCCGCCGGCUGUCAGCAUUCCUGCAGCCACUCCCCCGAUAGUGACGGCGACGCCUAAACCCGCGGUUACGUUAAACCCGACGGUUAACUCGGUGGUUGCUACCCCGCAGUCGGCGAACCAGAGCUCGACAGCUGGCAAAGACGGCGGGGGCUCCAACACCGGCGUCAUCGUCGGGUCUUCGGUAGGAGUGGCGUUGGCGGCCGGUGUCAUUGUGGCGGCUCUGCUUGCGCUUCUGGCGCUCAGAAGGCGGCGCCGCGCAGGCGCGGAGUCCGCGGCCUACUUGCCCACGACGACAAAAGACACGUGGCAGCCGUUUCCGGACACGAGGCCGGUGACCCGGGGCUACGGGGGCGCUCGGAUCUAUCCGCUGCCGAUGCUCAUGCGAGGAACGCACGGCUUUGCAGAUUCACAGCAGGUCGGAACCAGUCCCGGCAACAAAGUAUACCUCGCCACGCUGCCAGAGAGCGAUCCACUGCUCGUCAAACGGAGGGAUCCCGCAAUCGCGGGCUUCCAGUCCAAGUCCGAGUUCGAGAAAGAGGUCGAGGAGCUGGGCCGUCUGAACCACCGGAACCUGGUCCCCCUCGCGGGCUGCUGCGACGACGACAAGGAGCGCAUCCUCAUCUUCGCGGCCCCAGCCACCACCACUCUCCGCGACCACCUCCGCCCCGACAGUGUAAACACCCCCGCCCAGUCCCCUGACUGGGCCGCACGCCUUGAGAUCGCUUCGGGCAUCGUGGGCGCCCUCGCCUAUUUACACUCCAAAUCCUCCCCCGAGCGCUUAUACGAGGAGCUCGCGUCCACGUCCGUGAUCCUGGACGAUAGCUUAUGGCCAAGGCUGGCAGAUUUCCACCUCGAGGGGGGUGCGGAUCCGGAAAGCCCACUGUCGAGCAGCGGGCGUAGCUUGCCGCGUACUCCUUCGGGGGGGCGCCGGCAAGGCGGUUCUGAUGGGGGGUGUUCCGGGGGACCGAAAUCUGUUCACGCCGACGUGUACAAUUUCGGAAUGAUCUUGCUGGAGCUGCUGGCGGGCCGGCCGCUCUUUUUGGCGGGCGUUCCUGUGGACAAGCGGAAUCUCGCGAGCUGGGUCCCUCCGUUGCUGAGCGUGCGGGAUUACGACUCGUUUCUCGACCCACAACUCGCGGGCGACUGCACGGAGCUCUCCCUCUCGGGCCUCUGCGAUCUGGCGCAGGACUGCAUCUCCGACCAAGAGAUGGUCCGCCCAUCGCUUCCCGAAAUCCAGCGGCGGCUUGCGCGGUGCGUGAGCCUCCAGAACCGGAACGACCGGACGGAAAGCGGAUUCCGGCCAUCGCCCCGGGUGGGAUUCUCGAAAGAGAAGGGGUGGGAAGAGGAGGAUGAGUACGAAGUGCGAGAUUUGCCCGACGGUGUGCCGAUCGGACAGGGGCUUGGGCGAGCGGCUUGGGACGCGGUGGGGCCUUCGUCGGGCGGGACGAGCGAUGCAGGGUCAACGCGGUGACGUUCCUAUAGGAUGCAAUAUCUGGUUGUUCAGGCGGUAGACGGCUGACAGACAACGUAUCGAACAAUUGGCAAAAGCACACAGUGGCAAAAGCAUACUGGAUUCGGGAUAGUAGCGAGUGAACGAACGACGAAGGGCAGGGCUGGAGAAAGCCAUGUAUAUUGUUGAAUAAGUUAUUCUGCAAGAAGCGUUUUUGCGGUAGAGUAUCUGGAGCAGAUUCCGGGUGUUGUGAGUCUAUAACUUGGCCGGUGGGAGAUGCUGAUAGUGGUGCUUGACAGUACUGGCUGGUAGCUAACCUUAGAACCGGGUGUCCGUGCAGCAGAUGUCCAGCAAGUUGCGAAGUCAAGACCUUCUCCGUUCAGAGUCGCUGCAAUUUCUUUGUCAUCAUUCGAUCUUGGCAUCAGGACAUCAUAUGACAUUUACUGAGUCAGGACAUUAUAGGUAUGUGAUGGGACUUGAGCGCAGGUGCGGCUGUGCACCAUCCGACAUG